AUGCUCUCUAGGAUAGGUGUAUUCACGGCUUUGAAAAGGUCAAGCCAGAUUCCAAGGGUUGGAAGCAGAGCACUAUCAGUGUCUCAGGGCUUAUACAACAAAACAAAUGAUAAAAUCGUACAAACUCCAAGCACCACUCAAACAGAUGACGCUCCCAGACGCAAGCCCUUGAGCAGGAUAGCGAUAGGUGGAACUUCCAACCAAUCCCAAAGGAAUAGCAGUGGGUCUAUUGAGUUCGCAACAUGGAAAGCAGCAGCAUUGGUGUUGACCAUAGGUGGAACUCUGUAUUAUUUCUUCGCCAAGGAAAAGAGAAGACUAGAAAUUGAGAAAGAAGCAGAGGCCAACAGAGGCUACGGUAAGCCUUUGGUGGGCGGACCUUUCAAGCUUACGGACUUUAACGGCAAUGAGUUUACGGAACAGAACCUCUUGGGAAAGUUUUCGAUACUUUACUUUGGGUUUUCUCAUUGUCCCGACAUCUGUCCCGACGAACUUGACAAAUUAAGCUUGUGGCUUGAUGAGCUCAAGAAGAAGGGCAUUGAAAUCCAGCCCAUUUUUAUUACUUGUGAUCCAGCGAGAGACCCUCCACACGUUCUUAAAGAAUACUUGGCCGAAUUCCAUCCAGACCUUAUCGGCCUCACGGGUGAUUACAACGCUGUCAAACAUGCUUGCAAACAGUACCGAGUAUACUUCUCAACGCCGGCCACUUUAAAACCUGGCCAGGAUUAUCUAGUUGAUCACUCCAUUUUCUUCUACCUAAUGGAUCCUGAGGGACAAUUCAUCGAUGCCCUCGGAAGACAGUACGACGAAAAGACAGGUGUGGCAAAAAUACAAGAACACGUUAACGCCUACGUGCCUAAGGACCAGCGUGAAAAACGCAAGGACAAAUGGUAUUCGUUUUUGUUCAACUAG